GAAGUAAAUAAAUUAAUAUAUCCAAUCAAACUUAUUUGAGGUCCAUUCAAUGAAAAAAAAUAUUCUAGUGAUAUAAAUACGAUAGACUGAAAUUUAUAUGUUUAUCUAUCGUGCACCAUGCGCCACCUAGUGUGCUUACUUCUAGUCUGGACUCUUGCUAACGUUAAACCUUCGACACAAGGUCAAGAUCUAAUCCGUUUGGUAAGAAGCCGAUAUGACCAGAUCGAUGCUCCAGGAUGUGGGCUGCGACCUCUAGCGACAGGAAACGGCGCCUCCGAAAUAACUGCUAGGAUUGUUGGUGGCCAAGAAGCCAUUCCUUACUCUCACCCAUCCAUUUGCAGUCUACGUAUGACCACAUCACCCACUCAUCACUUUUGUGGAGGUACCUUGGUGAAGAAUUUGGCGGGAGAGUACCACUUUAUCACCGCUGCUCACUGCGUGAACGGAGAGCCCAGGCCAAGUCGCUACGAGGCUCACUGUGGUAUUCACGACAGAACUGACACCAAUGAACCGCAUCGGGUGAUAGUCUACUUUAGUUCUCUGACAAGUCAUCCAUCUUAUGAUGCCUGGACCAUGGAUUACGACAUUGCUGUUUUCAAAGUCGCAACAGCGCUGCCCACAAACACGUACGUUUCUCCGGCCUGUAUUCCUAACGAGGGCUGGUUUGAAGGAGAGAAGGGUCUUGCUGUUGGUUGGGGCUCUUUAACAUCCGGAGGUGACGCUCACUAUAUGCUGCAUCAAGUUGUGAAACCAAUUAAGUCUAGAGAGACUUGUGAACUGAGGUACGGGGCCGGUUCAGUAACUCUCAGAAUGUUUUGUGCAGGCUUACCGCAGGGUGGCGUAGACUCUUGCCAGUUUGACAGCGGCGGUCCAUUCUACACAUAUAGAGAAAACAGAUGGACACUGGCAGGUAUUAUCAGCUGGGGUUACGGCUGUGCCGAAGCUGGCAGACCAGGUGUCUACACGGACAUCAUCGAACUUAAAGAUUGGAUCAACUCAAUCAUCAACGUUGCUUAACAGUUCAGUCAGCGGCGUUUCUCGACGAGGGGAUCAGCUACACAUGGGGACAUUAGGCGUAGCGAUAGGGACUAUUCAAUCACUGCAUGUCAAUAAUGUUAUAAUUAUUUAUAAUAAAAAAUUUUUUUUAUAUUUUCA